AUGGGUAUAGCAGAGAAGAUUCAACAAAUUCAGGAGGAGCUUUCGAGAACCCAGAAGAAUAAGGCUACCGAAUACCAUAUUGGUUUAUUAAAGGGUAAAUUAGCAAGAUAUAGAAGAGAGUUACUUGAACCAGCUGGUGGUGGAUCUUCAGGUGCUGGACAAGGGUUUGAAGUUGCAAAGGCUGGUGAUGCUAGAGUAUCAUUGAUUGGGUUUCCAUCGGUGGGUAAGUCUUCGUUCUUAUCAAAAGUGACCAAUACUAAAUCUGAAGCUGCUAAUUAUGAGUUCACAACAUUAACAUCAGUUGGAGGUAUUCUUGAAUAUAAUGGAGCAGAAGUACAAAUUGUCGAUUUGCCAGGUAUUAUAAAGGCUGCUGCUCAAGGUAAAGGUAGAGGUAGACAAGUUAUAGCGGUUUCGAGAACCUCCGAUUUGAUAUUGAUGGUUCUUGAUGCUACAAAGAGUGGAAAUCAAAGAGAAAUUUUAGAAAAUGAAUUAGAAUCUAUGGGUAUAAGGUUAAAUAAAGAGAAACCAAAUAUUUCACUCAAGAUUAAAAAGACUGGUGGGGUUAAAAUGAAUGCAACCAGUCCUCCAAAGCAUUUAAAUGAGAAGAUUGUGGCAGCAUUAUUAAAGGAUUAUAAGAUCCAUAAUGCUGAUGUGUUAAUAAGAGAUGAAGAAUGCACUAUUGAUGAUUUUGUCGAUGUUAUUAACGAUCAAUAUAUCUCCUAUAUUAAAUGUUUAUAUGUCUACAAUAAGAUUGAUGCUGUUUCUUUGGAAGAGUGUGAUAGAUUAGCCAGAGAACCAAACACAGUUGUUAUGUCAUGUGAAUUGGAUUUAGGAAUUGAAGACUUAAAAGAUGAAAUAUGGAGAAAGUUGGAUCUUUUACGAUUAUAUACCAAGAGAAGAGGUAUUCAACCUAACUUGGAUGAUCCAAUGGUGGUUAGAAGCAAUUCAUCCAUUAAAGAAGUUUGUGAUGCCAUUCACAGAGAUAUGAAGAAUCAAUUCAAAUAUGCAUUAGUAUGGGGAUCCAGUGCCAAACACUCUCCUCAAAAAUGUGGUUUAAGUCAUCCUAUUCAUGACGAAGAUGUUGUAGAAAUAGUUACUAAAUAG